GCGAGAAACAGACGCUCCACUUAUCCCCUGGAAGCCAAGGCGAACCUAAACGUGGGAUCAACUCUUCCCUCUCUCCUAAUUCUCACCUCAUCCUCCGCGAGAAUUCUUAGCAUUAGAGCUUCUGUGAGAGGAGGGGAUACUUAUCUUUGCAUCGCUUUGCCUUGCCUUGCCUUGCAAACUGUCACUCGUUAAACACUGUUUCUUCAUCUUCUUCUUUCUAUUGUUUGUAUUUCCCAGCACAGCCACCGUGCUAUUCCUAAUACACCGCCCAGUCGACUCUACCAUCAACAUAACCGUUCAAUAAUUACUUCAACUGACACUACGGUAUUCGCACUCAUUAAUACCGCUUCCUUUUCUUAUCUCGACUUGCUUCCGGGUUUUUCGCCAAGCUGCAGCAAUCCGGCAUCUCCCAACCAUCUUGUGUGGCCUAACUCUGCAUUCCAGCCGUCGUCGACCCGGAGACACGAUAUCUGAUUCCUCAUUCUUCCCAACACGCCGCUCAAAUACCUGACCGGAGAACACGGACGCGUAUAGAACUGACGAGACACGCAAUUAAAGAGGCAUCCCGUCACCCCACAUUUCCGAAGUUGACAGGACUUGCGAGAAACUCACUGUUCAACGAAAAACUGCAAAGUCAAUUGAUCAUUACCGGUGACGAGAUCACUUGAUACAAGGACGAAGCUCGCCGAUAAUUAAACUCUGGGUUGCUCCUCUCAAGUUCAUUGGUUCCUGAAUCAGUACGGUGGCGCACUCUACUACCCGUGGCUGCGAUACGUACCACAGUCGUACACCUUGAAACCGCUUGGCUAGUGGCUAGAUCCUCGAAAUCCAAUGCACGUCGAGAGAACGGGCAUCGCCAUCGCUAGCAAUUUCCCGCAUACGUGCUGCAGUAGCAUUGCCUGUUGUUCAACUUGAAUCUUUCAAACUACGACUUUCCACCUCGAUUAUAUACAUUCACCGACUCUUCUUCCCACAAUCUCGACCACGGACAAACUCCACGACUACAGAGAGCCUAAUUUCUCAUUUUCGGGUUUUUAGUCAGACGAUAUCUCUCCUCGAUUCGCAUCACUCCCGCUCUCGACCGUUUGAAAACGCGAUUCUUCGCCCCUUGAUAUGGCCCACACUUAAUCCUGAGAUGCAGGCACGAAUAAAUUCAAUUCCGACGACCACGGCAUUUGACUUCCCUGAGCAGGGACACGAUACGGAUUCAGAGGCCGGACACACCAUUUUGAUAUUAGGUGACGAUUUAUAGUUAUGCGAUUACCUUUCCAACGGCGUAGCCCAUCGGCACGCCAAAGCCACAGCCUAGGUCCCGUUCUGGGUCCCAGCCUGGCGGUUUUAGCAGCUCUGGCGCCAUCUCUCACACAUGCCAUAACAUUCAAUCCUGUGCCGUCGCCAAAUCUAGACUUCUCUAACCUGGGCAGGAUCGGCAUAGUUGGAGAUUAUGAUGGAAUUUCACUUUAUGAAUACGAGGGACAAAAAGAGAGCGCUCGUAGCUCCAACGGUAGCGAGUCACUUCUGGCACCGAUGCCCAACGGCGCGUUCGCUUCGAUAUUAUCCACCGAUGCGUCGAUUAGAGCCAUGUGCUCGUUCCAGCUCAGUAACGGAGAUAUGCAAGGAGUGGUAAUUGGCGGUAAUUUCACGAGCCUGGACGGGACGCAGUCAAAGGCAGUUGCUCUCUUCAACCCAAACACGACCGAGAUCACCCCUUUGGACGGAAUUGAGGGCGAGGUCAACGCUCUAUAUUGCGACCAGGAACGAGACACGGUCUAUGUGGGUGGCAAUUUCAAAGGCGCCAACUCUACGAAUGCCAUUGCCUGGGUUGGUACGGAUGGAUGGACAAAUUUGCCGUUUGCUGGCUUCAAUGGCCCUGUAAAGGCCAUCACAAAAGCUUCUAACGGACACAUAAUUUUCGGCGGAACCUUUACAGGUCUUGGAAACUCGAGUACGCCCAACGGCUCCUCAAGCCAGGUCAUCAAUCUAUCGACAGCUAACAUUACGGACGAAAAUGGAUCCUCUGGCUCCGAUCCCAAGGACAUCGUAUGCCCCGGUUCUUCUUCGACUCCUUGGCUAUUGCAAGACGACACGCCAGGGUUCUGGGAAGCGGAUUUUUCUUUUGGGUUUGCGCCUACCAAGCUCAGACUUCGGAACACGCGCCAGGAGGGUCGUGGCACCAAGACCUUCCGCUUCCUUGCGUAUCCUAUCAACGGAAUCAUGAACUUAACCUACGUCGAUCCUGAGAGUGGUAACAACGUCACCUGUACUAGCGAGUGCCCACUCCGCGACGAUGAAGAUUACCAGGAUUUCACAUUUGUCAACCGCGUCGGCAUGAAUAAGUUUCGCAUUGCUAUUUCCGAUUGGUAUGGCAGUGGAGGUGGUCUGGAGAGUAUCGAGCUGUUCCAGAGCGACAUCUUUGCCUAUGCUAUUACUGACUUCAACGAGCCCAAAUGUGGUGGAGUUAAGAACCCAGCUUCGGCUACGCACACUGGGCCUUGGAAGGUUUCUCCCUCGCUAGAGAGCAGCUCCGAGUAUCUGACUGCCGAGCUCAACGGUGACGAUGACCCAGAAAAGAUAUCUGUUACAUUCUUUCCCAACAUCAUGGAAUCUGGAAACUACUCUGUCAACAUCUACACCCCAGGCUGUCAAGCUGAUGACACCUGUGCGACUCGAGGCCGCGUUAAUAUUACCGGAGUCAUGUCAGGUGAUAAUGAUAAGGAUACUAAUUUUACAUCGACUUUAUAUCAAACAAACGAUUUUGAUAAGUACGAUCAGAUAUAUUUCGGAUACAUUGAGAAGAGCUCGGGUUCAUUCACCCCCUCUGUCACUCUCCGCCCACUUGCAGGUCAAGACGUCAACACCCUUACAAUUGUCGCUCAGAGGGUUGAAUUCACUCUUACCAACUCUACUGGUGGCCUCAACGGUCUCUUCGACUUCGAUCCUGAGCAAGCAGUAGUCAAUGCUACCAGUAUUGUGAACUCCCCUAUCAAUAAACUUGGCGCAAGUUUUGAUAGGGCCUCAGGUGUAGGCGUUUUGGUCACGGAUAGUAAUACUACCUACGUUGGUGGUAACUUCACCUCCAAGGAUCACGACAACAUCCUCGCUAUUAUCGAAAAUGACGACGUGAAGGAGCCUGGUGGUGGUUUGAAUGGUGAAGUCUUCGCUAUGUACCUCAACGCUACACAGCUCUACGUCGGCGGUGAUUUUUCCAACACUGCCAGCGGGCCUGUGACCGGCCUGGAUAACGUCGCAGUAUACGACACCAAGGAAGACAAGUGGGGUGCUUUAGGAGCUGGCCUCAAUGGCCCUGUGAUGCAUGCCGUGCCACUGAUCCUCAACAUCACUGCCGACACUCCUGAACUUGUGAUCGCUUUCACAGGAGAAUUUUCUUCAUGCAACUCCUUCGACAACUACGAUGCCAUUUCUGUGGAUGGUUUCGCCAUAUGGGUAGCUUCUCAAGGCAACUGGUUGCAAAACAUUGACGGCAAUUACCCUGCUUUUGAUGGUUCACUCACAGCCGCUGUCCUAGAUGUUCCCAUGGACGGCGGGUCUCUGUACGCUGGAGCUCUGUCGUCCGCACAACUCGGUACAAACGGCGCUGCUACACUCUCAGAUGAUGGUCUUGGUCAGUUCCCUCUCAAGAUCCGUGCCGCUACUCCGUCGUCAAACUCAUCUGCACUGAGCCGUCGAGAUGUUACUUCCUUCAAUAAAAACACCACGGGCGUUGUGACCGGUAUAUUUUACGACGAAAACGAUUACAACAUCACCAUCCUAGCAGGCCAUUUCACGACCGAGUCGACAAAAGGUGAUAAGGUACAAAACAUUGUUCUUCUUGAGGGUGACGAUGUCACUGGACUUGGUUCUGACAUUUCAAAUGGUUCUACAUUUGUCGCACUCGCUGUGCGGAAUGGUAUCUUGUUCGCAGGUGGUGAUAUCAGCGGCACCAUAGACGGAACAGACAUCCGUGGCCUUGUUUCAUAUGAUCUGGAGUCAAAAUCUUUCAAUUCGCAGCCCGCCUCUGUAUCGGGGGCCAACAGUACCGUCGCAGCUAUUGCCGUCCGCCCUGGAGAUUCUGGUGACGUUUAUGUUGGCGGCUCGUUCGAUACUGCGGGUGCAUUGGACUGCCCUGGUCUCUGCACCUACAAUGUCAACUCUGGCCAGUGGAGCCGUCCAGGUAGCGAGCUUGAGGGUACCGUUUAUAGCCUCUUGUGGCUGAGUAAGAACCAGUUGGUUGUUGGCGGUGAUCUCCGCGGUAACGGGUCUGACCAGCGCUUCCUUGCCAGCUGGGACGCCAACUCAGAGUCCUGGUCAAAUUUCCCCGGUUCCGAAGACAUUCCAGGGCCUGUUGCGGUCAUCGCGCCUGGAUCAAUCGAUUACGACCAGCUUUGGGUUGCUGGUACUUCGCUCAAGGAUGACAGUGUCUUCGUAAUGAAGUAUGAUGGUGAGAAGUGGCAUACUGCCGGACCUUCCCUCUCUUCAGACACCAUCAUACGCGGCUUGCAGGUCUUUUCGGUGACUGAGGAUCACGAAGCUGCCGACUUGUUGGACAAAAACCAGGUAUUGAUGUUGACAGGCUCCAUCGAUAUCACUGACUUUGGAGUUGCCUCGGCAGCUCUCUUCAACGGCACAGCAUACCAACCAUAUGCGAUGACAAUUAAGGCGGGUGAUGGUCCAGGCACUAUUGCUGGCAUCUUUACCCAGCGUGACAGUUUCUUCAAAGAAGGUAAGUUUAUCACCGAUCUUGUGGCCAAACAACCGUACUAACCCCAUGUUGAGAGAAGCAUAUGGCCCUGGGCUUUGUGGUUCUUAUCGGACUCGCUAUCGCGCUUGGUCUGAUGCUCCUCCUCGUCCUUUGUGGCAUUAUUCUCGAUCGCAUUCGCAAGAAGCGGGAGGGCUACGUCCCUGCACCUACGUCCAUGUACGACCGGGGCAGUGGAAUGCGACACAUCCCGCCUCAUGAGCUCCUCGAGUCUCUUGGUCACGGGCGAGGUGGUGCACCACCACGUGUCUAAGCAAAUGAGAAAGAGAAAAGAAAAGAAAAUAUUCCCGAUUUCUAGGGGAUGUCGUCAUUUUAGCAAGCUGCAUACGUGUCUGAUCUGAUACCUUUGGCGUUCUGGAAAGGUGUAUGGGAUUGUUUUCGGACCAGGGAAGUCCAUUGCUAUUUUCGAACAUGGAGAUCCAAUACAGGUCCCAGCAUGAGCAUAUGGGCUCUUGACACCAAAAGUCGAAACCAUAUCGUUCAAAAAGCUUCGGCUUAAACCCAAGUCCCUACUUCGGCUGGAUUCUGGAGGGGGCCAUCUCCAACGGCAACCAGUUUACCUCGACGUCUUCGAGGCCUGUUCUCUCAGUACCUCACCGCAUUUCUCUUGUUUUUUUACUUCACUUCAUGAGGUCAUGACCCACCGGUUAAUUUCUACCUGUUUAUUCUUUCUCGUCGACACCCAUACAUAGGUGCCUUUGUCGGCAUGCCGUCUUUUAUCGCUGUAUAUUACCUUCUUCUGCGCAGUUUCCGACCCCUAGACUGCCGAGGACCUCAGGUUUUGUGCCUUUGUUCCUCUUUCAAAAUUCCGUUGCUGUGAGGGCGCUGGAAGGAGAACUUGAAUUAUUUGAGGGCUCGGGAUGGUUAUCUGGUGGCUCUAGUUGAGAAUGAUUUGGUCGAUGACGCUGCGGUUAGAAGAAGCCAUCUAGCACCGAGCAUGGUGAUAUGAUACUCAGCUGAACUAGAGUAGCUUAAUUUGAGUGGUUAUAGUCUCCUGGACGUUCCCAUCUUCCAUAUACGUGACUUGUUGUGGAGAAGAGAUAUUAUGUCUCUGUAAGAUUUCUACGGACUUCUCCCUGGGGGUUGAAUAGGAGCAGGCCAACACACACACAU